CUGCCUCCCUCCCUCCUCAGCCUUCACUCCCACUGCACUACUUGUAACUUUUGCAAACUAGUCCAAAGCAGAAGCACUUAUCACAGACAGGGCAAUUUUCCCUCUUCAGAUCUUGGGAUUCACCAGCUGCCAAAGUUUCUGUUUUUCCUAUCUGCUGAAUAAGGAUCUGGGACUCACAGAGGAUCUUGGUGCAAAAAAAAAAAAAAAAAAAAAUGAUUUCCCUUAGCAAGAAAAGCUCAUGUUUUUCUCAGCUCUGUCUUGCUCUCUGUGCCUUUGGGCUGGCACUGCUUGGAGAUUUGUCCCAGGCUCUACCUAUGGAGGAUCAGGAUUAUUACUUGCAGGAGAUUAUUAACAGAGAUCAUUAUUAUUCUUUUCCGGAACCCACUGAGGAAUAUUCCCCUUUCAUCGAACAACCUGAAGAGGAAGAAUCAGUCCAUGCUGCAGAGACAGAGAAGCCCCCAAAGCUCAGACCUGGCAGGAAAGAGUUAAAACUGAAGAAAGCCAACAAAAAAGAAAAAUCCAUUCUUGAAACUCCACCAGCCAAAAAUGGUAACAAGAAAGGUGAGAAAAACAAGAAAGGGAGCGAAAAGAUGCCAGAUGGUGACUCUGAACGUCGAAGUGCCUAUGAAGACAUCAGAGAAAGCUGUCCUCCUCUUGGUCUGGAGACAUUAAAAAUUACUGACUUCCAGCUCCACGCUUCUACAGUAAAGCGAUAUGGCCUUGGGGCCCACAGAGGAAGGCUUAAUAUUCAGGCAGGUGUUAACGAAAAUGAUUUUUAUGAUGGUGCUUGGUGUGCAGGACGAAAUGACCCGUAUCAAUGGAUUGAAGUAGAUGCUCGGAGGCUAACAAAGUUCACUGGAGUUAUCACACAAGGGAGAAACUCUCUCUGGUUGAGCGAUUGGGUGACAUCUUAUAGAGUAAUGGUGAGCAAUGACAGUCACACCUGGAUUACUGUCAAAAAUGGAUCUGGAGAUAUGAUUUUUGAAGGAAACAGUGAGAAAGAGGUCCCAGUGCUCAAUGUGCUACCAGUGCCCCUUGUUGCACGAUAUAUCCGUAUAAACCCUCGAUCAUGGUACGGAGAAGGGAGCAUCUGCAUGAGAAUGGAAAUCUUAGGCUGCCCUCUUCCAGAUCCAAAUAACUAUUAUCACAGAAGAAAUGAAAUGACAACCACAGAUAAUCUUGACUUUAAACACCAUAACUACAAAGAAAUGAGACAGUUGAUGAAAACUGUGAAUGAAAUGUGUCCGAACAUCACAAGAAUUUACAACAUUGGAAAAAGCCACCAAGGACUAAAACUGUAUGCUGCUGAAAUCUCUGACAACCCAGGAGAACAUGAAGUUGGUGAGCCAGAAUUUCGGUAUAUUGCAGGAGCUCAUGGAAAUGAAGUGCUUGGACGUGAGCUAAUUCUUCUGUUAAUGCAAUUUAUGUGCCAGGAAUAUUUGGCUGGGAACCCACGCAUUGUACAUAUCAUUGAGAAUACCAGAAUUCAUCUCCUCCCUUCAGUCAAUCCAGAUGGAUAUGAAAAGGCUUAUGAAGUGGGUUCAGAAUUAGGAGGCUGGUCUUUAGGACGCUGGACUCAAGAUGGUAUUGAUAUCAACAAUAAUUUCCCUGAUUUAAACACCUUGCUGUGGGAAGCUGAAGAUCGAAAGAAGGCUUCAAGGAAGGUCCCAAAUCAUUAUAUUCCAAUUCCAGAAUGGUACCUGUCGGAAAAUGCUACAGUAGCUGUUGAGACAAGGGCAAUAAUAGCAUGGAUGGAAAAAAUCCCAUUUGUUCUGGGUGGCAAUUUACAAGGAGGAGAACUGGUGGUUGCAUACCCUUAUGACAUGGUCCGUUCUAUACGGAAAACUCAGGAACACACACCUACCCCUGAUGACCAUGUCUUUAGGUGGUUAGCAUAUUCAUAUGCCUCCACUCACCGAAUGAUGACAGACGCCCGAAGGAGAGUGUGUCACACAGAGGAUUUCCAGAAGGAAGAUGGGACUGUUAAUGGGGCCUCAUGGCAUACAGUUGCAGGAAGUAUAAAUGACUUUAGUUAUCUGCACACAAACUGCUUUGAGUUAUCAAUCUAUGUGGGCUGUGAUAAGUAUCCUCAUGAAAGUGAAUUACCUGAAGAAUGGGAAAACAACCGUGAAUCCCUGAUUGUUUUUAUGGAACAGGUUCAUCGGGGCAUCAAAGGACUUGUAAGAGAUUCACAUGGGAAAGGAAUUCCAAAUGCCAUUAUUUCAGUGGAAGGUGUUAACCAUGACAUUCGCACAGCAAGUGAUGGGGAUUACUGGCGUCUCCUGAACCCUGGAGAAUAUGUCGUGACUGUAAGAGCUGAAGGCUACACCUCUUCCACCAAGAACUGUGAAGUAGGUUAUGAAAUGGGAGCUACUCAAUGCAACUUCACAAUCAGCAAAACCAACCUAACACGGAUUAAAGAAAUCAUGAGGAAAUUUGGAAAGCAACCCAUUAGUCUACCAGUCCGGCGGCUCAGGCAAAGAGCUAGGCAGCGGCGCCAGCAGAGAUAGACUGCUGCCUCUAGCAUAACGCAUGGCAUUUUUGAGCUCUGCUUAAAUCAAAGAUGAUUAUAGUAAUAGUAACACUUACAUAGACAAACUUUACAUACAGUUUUUCUGUUCACGGAGCCCAUAUGAGUAGAGCUGGUGAAUAUUUCUAAAACAUGUUUGCUCAAUUAAAUAAUUAAAAACAAAUCUGAGUUCAAGUUGAGCCAAAACAGAAUUGUUCAGGGGGUAUAAAACUAAAGGAAUCAAACUAACUGUUUUUAGUCCAACCAAAAAUAUUUCUUUUGACCUAAAAUGAAAUAUUUGAUUUUGGAGUUACUUUUGAAACUCUUUUUUCCUAAGGUUGAUUAUUAAAUGAAAAAUGGUGUUUUCAAACAUUGUUUUGCUUAAAACCAUUUGCUAAAUUUGACCCAAAUUCGCGAAUAAUUUUGUCUUUGCCUUAAAAAGCCCUAUUUUGGUAAAUUUAAUAUUUAUCAAAAAGAUGUUGCCCAGCUCUAUGGAUAUGCAUACUUGUAUUGAAGAAUAUAUAAUAAUUCCAGAACUUUUCCUUUAGGAUGUUUCUAAACCUCUAAAUUUUAAGGCUACAUUAUUGUUCUGUGAACUAAAUCCAACUGCAAGGGCAUUAGCUGGGGGAGCACUGCAGGGAUGUGGAAUGGAAUAUCCCUUCUCAGCUUAGAAUGAGGUUGUUAAACACUGAAUUAUUAGUGGCUACAGAGAUAGGAGGGUUGACUGUUGAACCUGUAUAGUUUGCAGACCCAGUGAGCCCACCCUUGUCUUUUCCCUGGCCUGACUACCAAUCUCUCUUCUAUUCCUAUACACACAGAGCGACUGUAGGCCACAGCAUGUAAGGGAUGCAGUGUCCUGUUCCUCUGCCCUACCAUGUCCCCAAUACAAUGCUGCUGCUUUUUCAGGCCUUAGUAUGCUAUGGGAGGAGGGUUUGCGCUUUAUUGACCUUUAAGUAAUAAAACUGAACAGUUGUGUAGGAUUGAUUUUCAGGAAUAAUCCAGGUGAACUAGGGAGAGAACAAAGUGGAGGGAGAUGGGCCAGAUCCUCAGGUAGUGUUAACCAGUGCAGCUCCCAGGGGCUUCAAAUAUAUUGAAUUGAUUUAUACCAGCUAGGGGGAAGUCCUUCAUUUUUAAUCAGUCUCCUUUCAAACUUCUGAGAAUAAACACAGCACCUCUUAUAUUCAUGGUAGCGAGACUGCAAUGUACACUUUCAAGAACAGCUCUGUUAAAACCAUUAUGAUUGCUAUUACAGUUCUUGCCUUACUUGAUAUGUUCUUAUAAUUCCUGGAAAAGGUGUUCACCAAAACUGAGGAAAAUAAAGUGCAAGUAGAAAAUUUACAGUGGAAAAACAA